AUGCUUCUUCUUCAUCUACUUCUGGUCCUGAGCAUAAGCUGGAAGGCAGGCUGCUCUGAGCACAAGCCCAUCACCAUCCUGUACCGCGUUUGGGAGGAGCAACCUCCGGGAACUCGGGUCGGCUGCCUGGUAGAUGACCUCUGGCAAAUGGACCAGGUGGGUCCUCUGGAGAACUUCCAGGUCGUGGAGCACGGGCGGGCUCUUCCCUUUGCCGUCAACGCUGGUGACGGUGAGGUCUCCACCCAGGGACGCUUGGACCGGGAGCAGCUGUGUCACGGGGCAGACGAGUGUGAGAUUUCCUUUAGUGUCCUGUACAGGAAGAGCGGGGCAGUGCACUACCUGCGAGUUCACGUGGAGGUGAUGGACCUGAAUGACCACAGUCCUAGCUUCUCCAGUCCCGUCCAAGAAGUGGAGAUUUCAGAGACGGCUGGCCAACGGAUGCAGAUUCCUCUGGAGGGUGCAGUGGAUCCAGACGCGGGAGCCAAUGGUCUUCAGACCUACUCGUUGUCCGACAACCAACAUUUUGCUCUGGCUUCCGCGCACGGUGGGACUAAGCAGGCGGAGCUAGUGGUGAUCAAAGAACUGGACAGGGAAGUUCAGGGGUCCUUCGAACUCACCCUGUUGGCUUGGGACAAGGGGAACCCCCCGAGGUCUGGCAGUACUUUAAUCAGAGUUAAUAUUCUGGACUCUAAUGAUAACAGUCCCACGUUUGAGGACAACGCCCCCACGGUAGAGAUACCUGAGGAUACGGAACGUGGGACUACAAUCAUCAACCUCAGAGCCACGGACCCUGACCAGGGCAGCAAUGGGGAAGUGGAGUACUCUUUAAGCAAGCACACGCAUCCUGACAUUCAGAGGCUCUUCUUCGUGGAUCCACAGAGUGGUGCUGUGAGCAUCAGAGCUCCCCUGGACUAUGAAGCCCAGACCAGCUACGAAGUGGUUGUCCAGGCCCGUGACCGCGGACCCAACUCCAUUCCCUCACACUGCAAGCUCCAUGUGAAGCUUCUGGAUGUUAAUGACAAUGCCCCGAGGAUCCACAUGACCUGGACUCAUCCCAGCUCCCCGGCUGCGACAGUGCUGGAGGGUGCCCCGGUGGACACCUUCCUUGCUUUGGUGAUUAUUUCUGAUGCUGAUUCAGGAGAAAACGGAAAAGUGACAGCUAUAAUGCAACAUGGUUCUGGCCCCUUCCGUAUCAAAAAAGUCCAUGGUGACAAUUACAUGAUCUUAACUGCAGGUGUCCUGGAUCGGGAGAAGGUGAUGGGUUAUAAUGUGACGCUGGUGGCACAGGAUUAUGGAGAUCCGCCAUUGUCCUGUGUGAAACACCUGCCCGUCAAAGUUUUGGAUGAGAACGAUAACGCACCGGUGUUUUCGUCUACGGUCUACAAAGCUUCAUUCAGGGAGAACAAUGUGGCAGGCUACCGCGCCCUCAAGGUCCAAGCACACGACGCCGACUCGGAGCUUAGCGGCAAAGUUUUGUACCACCUUCACAACUCCAGCAAUACAAAGCCACCCAACCAGCCCUUCUCCAUCCACCCAACAAGCGGUGUCGUAAAUGUCCUUCAGCCUUUGGACUAUGAAGAGCACCACUCAUACUCAUUCCUAGUGGAGGCCGUUGAUCAGGGUCACCCGCCUCUUAGGACCACGGCCACAGUGCAGAUUGACAUCCAGGAUGAGAAUGAUAACUACCCAAUCAUCAAAGAGCCUCGAGUCAAACAUGGUGUUGCUCGAAUAAGUGUUCCCAUCAAUGCGGAUCAUGGGGAGAUUGUUUCGGAGCUAGGAAAUGAUGCAGAGGAAGGGUCGGCCAUUGAGCACUCAGUCCGAGAGGGAUUCGACAGAUUUUUUGCUUCUGUUAUAAAGGCAGAAGAUUCUGACUCGGGACUGAAUGGAGAACUCCAGUACUUUAUGACCGAUGGGAACCCUGAGGGGCUUUUCUGGUUGGACCAGGUCACGGGCCAAUUGUUCGUCAACACCACCAAUGCCACCCAGCUAAUUGGGAAAACAGUAAAGGUGGGCAUUUCUGUUUCUGAUAUGGGGACCCCCAGCCUGUCCACCAAGGCAACACUAGAGGUGACUUUCAUCAACCUCAAGGAUCACUUGAAGAACUCAUCCACUGGGGACCGGGGGCGGCUCAGCUUCACAAUGAUGCUGGCCAUCUGCUUGGGGGCAACGUGCCUCUUGCUGCUUUUCGCUAUUGCCUCGGUUACCACCUUCUGUCGGUCUGACAAAAGGGACCACCGGGCCUACAACUGCAGGCAAGCUGAGUCCACAUACACCCGCCACCCGCGACGCCCGCAGAAGAACAUCAGGAAGUCGGACAUUCAGCUGAUUCCUGUUAUGAGGGACCGCAAAGAGGAGCCCCCGUUGGACGAGAGUGAAAAGAUUCUGCUGACUCCGUCACAUGACGAACAUGCAGAGAAACUUUAUGAACUGACACCGCUGAUGAUGAACUCAAGCUUACAUUCCCAAACCCACCUGGAGGUUGACGCCCUUCCCGGCAGAACAUUACGUAAACCUGCAAACAUCCAGCUGGAUGUCGCUUUACCUCUGACGCCCGCUGCAUCCAAUCGAACCCUUCGGAAGUCAAGAAACCCAUCAUCUGCGUCUUCUUCGGGGUCCCGUUCGAGCACCUUAAAGCGGGAAACGACUCCUAUGGCGGCUCCCACAGGUCAGCCGACGCUCAGGAGGUCCAAGAUGUCAGAGGGUCGGGGCUCAAGUGAUGCUGAACAGCGACAGAUGCUCCGGAAUCUGGUGCGGCUGUCCAUGGCGGCCUUUGCGGACUCCAUUGAGCUCUCAUCUGCAUCCCCAGAAGUGCAGCAAAUUUCCCAGCUGCUGUCGCUCCUUCGUCAAGGUCAGUUGCAGCCUCGGACCAACUUCCGCGGGAACAAAUACUCGCACCGAGGCACAAGGUAUGCAGGCCAGGAUUGUUCUGAUUGGCAGAGCACCAAGGACAGCGGGCAUGGCGAGAGUGAGGUCGGCGACAUGGACUGGGAGGCAGGAAGGGACUCGCCCAUCGACCCGCAACUGGAGGAGGGGCUACACGACCUGCUCAAAAACACAGAAGACGCCUUCUCGGAAGUUGUCGACCCAUCGUGGAUGGCACGUCUGUCUGUCACUCUGUCAGGGGACUACCACGACAACGUCUUUGUGCCCAAUGAACCGCCGUCCUCUGACAGCGAGCUGAUGCCACGUCACACCUUGGAUUCCUCGUCAUCCUUCUCCACAUUCGGGAAAACCCCGGACAAGGACGGACAACUAGGCGGGGCCUUGCUGUCAGAAGUCAGCACGCUCUUUGAAAUGCUGAUGACGCAGAAGGCCGACUCACACCCAGGUCCUCGGGCCGAUGUCCUCUACCGGCUGUCUUCGGCGUAUCGGCGCUCACUAGAAGCGGACCCUGCCACGCCUGCUGUUGGCAGCCCAAGGAGGGACCUGGACCCGCGCUCUGGACGCUUUUAA